UGAUAGAAAGCACGGUAACCGAGUUUUCCUGUUUUGAGUGCUUUCUCGGUCUCGCCUCUGUUGAAAACUGUUUUCUCAGGAAUUAAACCUUUGGGUUGGAGUUCCACAGUACUCAUGGCAAGAGAAUGGAAACAGAUGAUUACUUCCAUCUUCUCCCUACAGUAAAAAAUGCUUUGGAUGACGUGAUUGCAAUGUUCAAAAACACCUUCCAAUCUGGCUUUCUCUCAAUACUGUAUAGUCUUGGGAGCAAACCGUUGCAAAUAUGGGACAAAGAGGUAGUAAAUGGACAAAUUAAAAGGCUUCAAGAUGAGGAUAUUCAAUCCAAUGUUCUUGAAAUUGUUGGUCAGAAUGUGAACACAACUUACAUCACAUGUCCUGCGGAUCCUGCUGCUACACUGGGCAUAAAACUCCCAUUUCUUGUUAUGAUUGUCAAAAACUUAAAAAAAUACUUCACAUUUGAAAUCCAAGUGCUUGAUGAUAAGAAUGUUCGCCGACGUUUCAGGGCUUCAAAUUUUCAGGCAAUUACACGUGUGAAGCCAUAUAUCUGUACUAUGCCCUUGAAACUGGAAGAUGGAUGGAACCAGAUUCAGUUCAACCUUGCCGAUUUUACAAGGCGCGCGUAUGGUACAAAUUAUGCAGAAACACUUCGUGUCCAAGUUCAUGCCAAUUGUCGAAUUCGUAGAAUAUACUUUGCUGAUCGGCUUUAUUCAGAAGAGGAACUUCCUCCUGAAUUCAAAUUGUAUUUACCUAUACAGAAAUCAUGAGGCUGCAUUUCUGUUCUUUAUGGAGUAGCAUUGGAGUGUAGUAGAUCAUCAGGUACACUCAAAAUACAUGUAACAUGUCUCAUUGGCAAGGUCAUCCCUGGGGGAAUUUGAUGGCUAGAGUGACUGUAAAUUUGCCUGGGGAUUAAUUUUAACAUAUUUUAAAAUUGUCUGAUUUCAAUUUUUCUGAACUAGAAGGGCAUGAAACUGAGCUAAAAGAUUCUCAGCUGUAAUUUUAAGUCCCUUGAGUUCAAGGAUGAUCUCGUAAUCCAUCCCAUGCUUAUCAUUUAGGUAGCAUGUGUUCCCCUAUCCACUAUAAAUGUAAUUUUGCUUUGAGGUUUGCCUCGGCUCUUUGCUUGUGGUUAUUUUGGAGAAAUUAUUGAUGUUGUUUCUUAAGACAAUUUUGUAUUUAA